CUCGUUGAAAGAUAGAAAUGUAUGUAUAUCACGUCUGUUCGUGCCACGACAAUGUUCCGACAAGUGUGUUUGUAUCUUGUCCACCGACCAUUCACACAAACUCAUACGAUCAAGAUACAACACCUCCGGUGUUACCCUUGCUCAGAAUGGUGGAGUAGAACCCCUUGGGCGGGAAUUUCUCGGUCAAGUGCACGCGCCGCUCAGUACUGAUUUGGUCGUCGCUGUGUGAGCAAUCGUACCGGCAUCGCCGUUCGUGAAACAUCAAUUUGCCAUUUGGUGACAUCACUGGAGCUUCGAAGAGCCAUGGCAGAUCAAGCACUCUCGUCAGCGAUCGCGGAAACGUCCACCACCACCACCAACGGACAUGGUGAAGAACGCACCGAAAGUGUAAGCGAACAAGUGCCGGAAUUACCCGCGUAUCUGCACGCAGCGCUCAAGCAGCUCGCCCCAAAGGAAGGCUUCACGGAGGGCAACUUUACGAUCGAGUUCGAUUUCGGAUCGAGCAAGGGCGAUGGGUUCGUGGGACAGAUGUUCAAGGCCACCAUCAGCGAGGGCGACAGGCGGGAAGUGUACUUGUGCAAAAUACCCCCACUGGACGAUGCUCGCCGCGAGCAGUUCAGCUCGAUGGCUGCCUUCGCCCGGGAGGUGCUGGUGUACGAUCGCUUCCUCCCUACCAUCUACGAGUACCAGCGAGCGAAGGGCAUCCUGAGCCGGGAUGAUGGGUUUUUCCAUACGCCCCGCUGCUACCAUGCGCACUGUGAUGAGACGGCCCAGGAAUCGGUCAUCAUCAUGGAGGAUCUUCGGUUGCGCGAGUUUCAGCUGUGGAACAAGCACAACAUUAUCGAUUACGCGCACGGCACGCUCUUUAUGACACACCUCGGUCGAUUGCAUGCGAUUUCGCUGGCAAUGAAGCGUGACCAGCCGGAGAGGUUCGCACCAUUCAAGCUGCCGAACCCGUUCGAUCCGAUGCUGAAGGCGGACGGGCCGUUUCGAAACAUGAUCCUCUCGCAGCUGCAGAUGGUGAUCGAUGCGCUGCGCGAGCAGGACACGAUCGAGCGGGCCAAGAUGGAGCAGCUAAAGGAGGACGUGUUCGACGAGCUUGCGCGCUGCGGCAAGGCUGAAUUGGCCGAACCGUACGCGGUGGUAGGACAUGGCGACUGCUGGACCAACAACAUGAUGUUCCGAUAUGAGGAGGGAAUCCCGAAGGAAAUCGUGCUGUUCGAUUGGCAGGUGAUGCGCUACGUUACGCCGGUGCAGGACCUGAUGUACUUUAUCUUUUGCUGCACCGAUGGCGAGUUCCGGCGCAAAUAUUAUCACGAAAUGAUUGACAUCUACUAUGACUCGUUGUCGACCAUGUUGACCAAGUUGCAGCAUGAUGCGAGUGAGCUUUUCCCUCGUGCAGUGCUCGACGAACAGUUGCUCGUCUUUGGUCGGUAUGGGAUAUUGAUGGGCAUGUUCCUGGUGCCGAUGAUGUGUACCCGAAACGACGAACUACCCGACAUUGAAGCGUUGGCACAAAAGAUGACGGAAACGCAGCAGCUGGAUGAAAGUUUCUUCAAAACUACCGAAUCCAACCAGGAAGCGUAUGCCACACGCAUCAGAGCCGUGGUUCAAGAUUCCAUACGGUAUGGAUAUUUGACGUGUGACCUGAACAGUCAUUUUCGGACACUACUCCGAACCGCACAAACAACGUCUGCAACAAACGGUACAAUUUCAGUUCGAAAGGCAAACCCAACUAAGAAUUACAAGAUGCCGGAACUGCUCGCUACAUCCUUACCGGAGUACAUCGCUGCCGGACUUAAGGAGGUCGCCCAAGAACAAGGAUUUACGGAGGGCUUGUACCGCCUCGAAAGUGAAUCCGGUUCCAACAUGGGCGAUGGAUUCGUAGGUCAGCUGUUGAAAGUGUUUAUACGCGAGGCCGAUCGUGAGCUCGUAGUGCUGUGUAAACUGCUUCCGGAGAGUGAAAUGCGUAAACAGCAGGGCAUAUCACUGUUUGACAGAGAAACGGAAGCUUACAUGCAAAUUCUUCCCCUGCUGACAAAGUUCCAAGAUGAAAAGGCUCUCGCGAAGCAUUUGCCCCGGUUUGACAAUGUGCCUCGGUGUUACUACGCCAAGACUACGCUCGACAAGAUGGAAUCCGUGAUCAUUAUGGAGGAUUUGCGCCUGCAGGCGUACCGUAUGUGGGACAAGGCGAACCCUGUCGAUUUCGAGCAUGCCCGGCUACUCAUGACCACCUUGGGUCGGCUUCAUGCUCUUUCGUUUGCGAUGAAAGAUCAACAGCCAGAAGAGUUUGCCAAGUGCCGAGCGUUCGAAGAUCCAAUGGGUAAAAUGUUGGAGCUCGAUCCUACCAAAGGAUUUGAGGUGAUGAUGGCCGGUAUGUGCCGUAGAGCAAUCGAAACACUGGACCAGCACGAUAACUUCCGGCGGGAGAAACUGAAGCAGAUACAGGAUCGGUGCGUGCAAGAAAUUGUUGCCUGUACGGAUGGCAAAGCAGCCGAGCCGUACGCUAUUGUAGGUCACGGUGACUGUUGGUCCAACAACAUGAUGUUCCAGUAUGCAGAAGAUAAUAAAACACCUUCAAAUAUUAAAUUGAUCGACUGGCAACUCUCCCGGUACGGUUCACCCGUGCUCGAUCUGGUCUACUUCAUCUUCAACUGUACCGACGAGGAGAUGCGUUCCCAUAGCUACCAACGGCUACUGAGCAUCUAUUACCACAGCCUUAGCGAGCAUCUGCACAACCUGGGAGGAGACGUUGAGCGGCAGUAUCCACGCAUCGCUUUCCGAGAGCAGUUGAAAAAGUUUGGCCGGUACGGACUUGUGAUGUCCAUGAUGGUGCUACCGAUCAUUUGCACUCCGAACGAUGAGCUGCCCGAUACGGACACGGCAAUGGAGGGUUUCAUGAAUGACAUGACUAAUGGAAACACCAACGCUGAGCUGGCGUACGGCACGACGGAAAAGGCCGCAAUUCGCUAUCGGAAACGAAUGUCCGGAUGCAUUCGCGAUACCAUACGCUAUGGAUAUAUUUAAGUUGGUGCAACGGAGAUAUUCGAUAAGUAAUGAUAUUGUGCUAGCCCUAGAUGGUUUACUCGUGAUAUGAUUUAAUUUACUCAGCUAUAGUUUCACGCGAAUUUCAAUGAGUAAAAGAGUGUUCAUAGAGUACAUUAA